AUGCUUCUCGGAGUAUUUUAUGAAUGCAUAGAGCUAUGGAAUAACACAUUUCUCAAAAGUGUGACUUCCCAGAACCAUAUCCGCAUCAAAGCAGAGGAAUUAGGAGAAUCAAAAGAAAUAGCAGAUGAAUUUGAAGAAGCUUCAGAUAGAUCAAAAGGACUAAGGGAAUAUGAUAAAUAUUGA